CGGAGCAAGCACGCACGCAAGCGGGCGCACCUGGGCCGCACACCCGACCUUGCGUGAGCUUUUUUUACGCCUGCCUCUGUCAUUCUGUCAUCGCCGUAUUGCAGCUGCUGUCGGGACUUGGAUUUUGCUUAGGUUGCUCCAAAACUCCGACUUCCAUUACUCCCUGGCGCAAACAUGAUCAACAUGAAGUGGUCCGCUCUGGCGCUAGUCGCUCUCCGCGUCUCUGCCGUGCUCGCAGCCGCUGGAGAUCCGCCCACUUCCGAAGCCGUCACCCAGGCCGAGCUCAAAGCCGACAUCGAGACCACCUUCCCCGAGGCCGACAUCUUUGGCGUGAAGCUCGUCAACGGCCAUGUCACCAAGGCCCUGAUCGACAUCACCAACCACGAGGAUGGCCCAAUUGACAUCUCAUUCGUCGGCGGCGUGCUCAAGACCACCAAGCCUCUUCCCGAAGGCGCCCCCGAGUCCGCUGCCAUCCUCCGCAACCUUACCGCCGUCAAGUACGACGUCUCGGUCCCGUCCGGCGCCAAGGAGACCCUGCCCUUCAAUUUUGUGCUGGACAUGAACCCCCAGGACGUCGUCGUCGAGCUCCUGGCCGUCAUCACCAACCCAGCCGGCCAGAUCUUCCAGGUCCAGGUCCAUGGCGGGCCCGCCACCAUUGUCGAGGCUCCCACGAGCAUCUUCGACCCCCAAAUCAUCUUCCUCUACCUCUUCCUGACCGGCCUGUUCGGCGCCACGUCGUACUUUGUCUACAAGACGUGGAUCGAGGCACUGUUCCCGCAGACGCGCCGCGCCGCCAAGCCGGCCGGCGCCAAGAAGGUCAAGAAGGUCGAGGCCGUCGAGCCACUGUCGGGCUCCGAGUCGGCCGGCGGGGCCUUCGCCACCGGUGCCGACAAGUCGUACGACGAGAGCUGGAUCCCCAACCACCACAUCAACCGCCCCGUCGCUAAGCGCGUCAAGAGCGGCGCCAGCAGCAAGUCCAAGAAUAGGAACGCCGAUCUAUAAAUUGCCGGCUUUUUGCUGCACACCACGGUGGGACCCUCCCGCAAACACCCCUCAUGUGUUUUUUUCUUCCCUCUCUAGGCUCGCAUACCCCUAGAAUGCUUGUUCGUUUAUACGGUGGAAAAGAACCCCCCCCAAAUCAUGUAUUAUCUAGCUUGCAAAAACGCCCUACAGUCU